CUAUCGGCAAGCCAUGCGCGUGUGUUACGUAUCUACCUCGAAAAGAGGAGUAGGUUGAGGUUAAGUUUGAGGACACUUGAUAGUCUUCCUCGCGCAUCGGUCUCCAGUUUCAAUCCAGUUGGUUUUCUGUUCAGUUUCAUCUUUUCUUCUAAUGUUUACACCACCACUCAUAAAAGCCACCUCCUUAGUGCCCUCGUGGAUGCGGUCCCAGAGCCUGCUUUUAAGUGCUGAAAAGAUCCUUCGAGAUGGAAGGGAAAACUCAAGUUGCAGUAGUUGGCGGUGGACUAGUUGGUUCCCUGUUUGCUAGUUACCUCGCCCACCAUGACGUGAAUGUUGAUUUGUUUGAUUUGCGGCCAGAUUCGAGGCUUCAAGAGCAUGUGAAAGGAAGAUCCAUCAAUUUGGCUUUAUCUUUCAGAGGCUUGAAGGCUCUUAAGAUCACUGGGUCAGAAAAUAUUCUCGAAGAAAUCAAAGGGAUUCCGAUGAGAGGCAGAAUGAUUCACAACAACGAUGGAUCAAAAAAUAUUAUAUUGUAUGAUCCAGUGCAUGGUCAGUGUAUUUACUCAGUUGGAAGAAAAAGACUCAACGACUUUCUUUUGACCGCUGCUGAAAAGCAUGACAAAGUGAACCUGCAUUUCAAUCAUAAGCUGCGCUCUAUCAAUAUUCAUUCUGGAGAGUUAGAAUUUUCAAGAACCGCAGAUGGAGAUAUCUUAAAAACAAAAGCUGAUGUCAUCAUUGGGGCGGAUGGGGCUUUCUCAACGGUGCGAAAAGAGUUUCUAAAACAGCCAAUGUUUAAUUACAGUCAACAUUACAUAGAACACGCCUAUAUUGAGCUGCACAUUUCAUCUGGAUCUAAUGGACAGUUUCUAAUGGAUCCUAACUACUUGCAUAUUUGGCCUCGCCGGACGUUUAUGAUGAUCGCGUUGCCAAACUGCGAUGCUUCUUGGACUGUAACGCUGUUCAUGCCCGUGAACGAGUUCGCAAAACUCGAAAGUCCAGAUAAAUUAAUAAAAUUUUUUGAAACAUAUUUCUUCGAUGCAAUUGACCUAAUAGGCAAGGAGAAACUAAUCAUGGACUUCUUUGCGAGCAAACCCUCUCCUUUAAUUUCAGUUAAGUGCAAUCCCUAUCACUCUGGAGGUAAGGUCGUCAUGAUUGGAGAUGCCGCCCACGCAAUAGUUCCUUUUUAUGGUCAGGGAAUGAACGCGGGUUUGGAGGAUUGCUUCAUUUUAGAUGAACUUUUGCGUAUCACGGAUUUCAAUACGGAACAAGCAUUCCUUCAAUUUUCCAAAUUACGAUGCCUUGAUGGUGAAGCAGUUUGUGAUUUAGCCAUGUACAACUACGUAGAAAUGAGAGACCUUGUUUCUAGACGCUCAUUCAUUUGGCGGAAGCACAUGGACGAUUUACUCCACAGACUGUUCCCCAGUUUUUGGAUUCCGCUGUACAGCUCUGUCACGUUUUCGGACAUGAGGUACAGCAAGUGCAUCGCUAAUAAACAAGAACAGGAUAGGAUGCUGAACGUCGGUCUCUUGGUCGUGUUGGUUCUCGCAGUUUCAAUCUUGGCUGCUUAUUUCUUCACAUGAGCUUGCAAACUUAUGAAAAAUUGAUUAUGAAAUGAACACAACGAAUGUAAUACUGUGCAGAAGUAUAAAAUAAAACUCAAAGCAGCAAAUUAUUUUGGAAGAUUUUUAUAAUAAAUUAUCGAUUCAAAAUUUU